AUGAUAAACGUUUUGUCAAGACAACAAGAACCCCAGUCGAAUAUGUGGGAACAAAACUUUGUGGACAUACCUGUUUUUACUAGAAGCAAUCAAGACCCCAUAGAAUGGUUAGAGGCCGUCGAUAGGGCUUUUGAGGCCAAUAAUAUUGUGGGGAAAAGAAGGCUUUCUGUUGUUGGUGCUUACCUUUUGGGACUUGCAGCGUUUUGGUGGAUGGAUCGAAGGAAUAAGGAACCAAAGAUUCAAUAUUGGAAUAAUGAAUUCAUUCCUGAACAAAGCUUUCAACGUAUAGACGAAACGGUAGAUCAAUAUGCGACUGACGUGUUGGUGUUAUUUCGACGUUUAAUGAAAGUAGGCAAUCAAUACCCUGAGGUAAUAAAGGCACAAAUGGUUGUGCGAGGUCUUCGUCCUGAUUUAUAUUUGGCAGUUGGACCCUUUAUGCCUAAUACGAUUCAAGAGGCUAUCGAUAGAGCUCAGAUGUGUAAGUUGACAUUUGGAUGUGAAUUAGCUUUUUGUGGAACUGUGGCAAUUUAUAACACAGUGUUUGGAUCUUUGCCUCAGCAACCUUAUUCUCAACAAUCGUGGGCCUUACCACCCCAGCAAGUUUUGCAAUCCAAAAUGCCAAUGCAACAAUCAGUGCCAUUUCAGUUACAACUGUUGGUAACGAAUUCGCCAUCCAAUAUGAUAUCUCCGAAUUCGAUGGGCUAUAGGAUUUCGUUGCUACAAGAGCAGCCGGGCCAUAUUGCAAGAGACUGCCUGAAUGUAAUUCGCUGUGAUAAUGAGAAUAUGAAUGUUCUUCAAACACAGAUUUUGGGUAAUCAAAGCAAUAUUAGAAAUGGUGAUAAUAUUCAGACUAACGAUGGAUCACAGAUUCAAGCAAUAUUGCUUAAAUGGAGGACCUUUGUUAAACCCCAAGAACUAUGUGAAAUAGGCUCCACUAAGGAAACAUAUGAGGAAUCAACCAAUGUUAUACAUGGAGAAUUGGAACAUUCUUCGAAUCUUGCUGAAGGAAACGACUUAGAGGAGCAAAACAUUCUUGGAUGGUACUACCAAAAUGAUAUAGGUAUGAUUGAAGAAAAUUCGGAUGUGAAAACCUUAAGUAAAAAUAACCGCAAAACAUUGGUUGGUGGUGGCGAAUACGAUAAAGAAGAAAAAUGUGACCUACCCAAAAGACUCUUGGAAAAAGAAGCUUUGCAACAUGAAUGCGAAAAAUGGAUAGAAAAGUAUUCAACAAGUACUGUGGAUGGAAAAUCGGAUGGACAAUUUGAUCCUGGAGGACAUAAUAAGCAAAUCGGAAAAGAACCUUCCCAACUUGCUGAAAUUAAAUCUAGUCGUGGCUUUUGUUACCAAAAUGGGAAUGGUAUUGAAAAAGAAAAUUGUAAGACGCUUAUGUAUUACCAGGAUAUGGAUGAACUUAAUAAUGAAAAGACAGACGAAGAUGAGGAUGACAAAGAAACAUUAGUUGACGACGAUAAUUGGGAUGAGAAAGUAAAUGUUGUUUUACCUGAAAGACCCUUAGAAAGAGAAGCCCUAUAUCGUAAAUGUGAGAAAUGGUUGAGAAAAGUUAGUGAGUUCCGGAUGACUGCGUACAAAGAAAAGGAGCUUAACAAAAUAGAACCUACCAAAGAAAUGUUUAAUAGGGUAUAUGUCGAAAGAGACAAGUUAAGUAGAAGGUAUGGGACAAGCGUUAAAAAUAGCAAGUCAGAUGGACAAGCCGAUCUAGGAAGGAAUGGUAAUCGAAAUAGAAAAAGCCUAUUUGUGAUGAAUGUUGAAUUAAAGGAAGAGAAUCGAGAAAUAUUAGUAGACGAAAAUAGCAAUAAUGAUAAAAGAAUCAAAUGCCGUUUGAAAAAGAAUGAAAACAAACCUGAGAAAAGGACGCCAUUCAGAAUUGGUUUAGUAGAAAUUGCCGUAGUAACAAUAUCAGCAUGUGAUCUUGUCGAUUUGGUCUUCGAUCCUGGAGAAUGA